GAAUAUGAAAAUGAGAUGGUAACAUGUUAAUUAUUCUUUUUGUUUUUUGAAAAAAGAAAUAUUUUUUGGCCGCAAUAAAAAAAUCUUCUCCGAGAAUUCAUACCGAUGUCUCAGGAACCGGAAAACAACAUUUCUCUCUCGUCACCUAAAACUGUAUUCUAGCCCUGCUCCAAAAAAAAAAAAUCACUGUUGUAUACUGGAGGAUGCUGUAAGCCCAUAAGGAGUUCAUUGCAAUUUGCCUAAAGAUUGGCAUUGGGCACUUUUAACACAAUGAAAAGCAUGUAUCGCAGUGGUGUUUUCAAGAAAUCAAAUGGUAGUGCAAAACUAAUAAUAACUACAAUCAUGGGAAUUGUCUUUGGAUAUUUCAUUGGGGUUUCUUUUCCAUCUGUUUCUCUAACCAAGGUUAUCAUACCUUCAAGCAUUUAUUCACCAUUUGAUGUGACAAUGCGUGAAGAUCAAUCUAAAUCUCUUGAACGCAGUUUCCCUGAAAAUCUUGGUUCUGGUAAUACACCUGCAACACCCAAGAUCUAUGUUCCAUCAAAUCCCCGUGGUGCUGAGUCAUUGCCUCCUGGAAUUGUAGUCCCAGAAACUGACUUAUAUCUGAGAAGAUUAUGGGGUGAACCUAGUGAGGAUUUGAAAAAGAAGCCAAAGUACUUGGUAACUUUCACUGUUGGUUGGGGUCAGAGGGAUAAUAUUGACAAAUCAAUAAAAAAGUUUUCUGGGGACUUUCAAAUCUUGCUUUUUCACUAUGAUGGCCUAGUUACAGAGUGGGAUCAAUACGAGUGGUCAAAGCAGGCAAUACAUAUUAGUGUAAAGAAACAAACCAAAUGGUGGUAUGCAAAGAGGUUUUUGCAUCCAGAUAUUGUAGCAGCAUAUGAGUAUAUUUUCAUUUGGGAUGAAGAUCUUGGUGUUGAACACUUCAAUGCCGACAAGUAUAUCCAUUUAGUGAAGAAACACGGUUUGGAUAUUUCCCAACCUGGUCUUGAACCCAAUAAUGGAUUAACUUGGCAAAUGACAAAGAGGAGAGGCGAUAAAGAAGUUCACAAGGAUACAGAAGAGAAACCAGGGUGGUGCAGUGAUCCCCAUUUGCCUCCAUGUGCAGCAUUUGUAGAGAUUAUGGCUCCUGUAUUCUCUCGGGAAGCUUGGAGGUGUGUGUGGCAUAUGAUUCAGAAUGAUUUGGUGCACGGAUGGGGUUUGGAUUUUGCACUUCGACGAUGUGUAAAGCCUGCACACGAGAAAAUCGGGGUAGUCGAUUCACAGUGGAUCAUUCAUCAAGUCGUUCCCUCACUCGGGAGCCAGGGUAAGUCUGAGAAUGGUGAAGCUCCAUGGAAGGGGGUAAGAGAUAGGUGCAGAAGUGAGUGGGCAUUGUUCCAAGAUCGACUUGCAAAUGCAGAUAAAGCUUACUUCAAACAGACUGGAAGGGACUAAAAUCAUCUUGCUGCAUACACAUACACACGGACAUCAUGGGGUUUGUUUCUUGAUCCCUUUUAUUGGCGUUUUUUUUAAUAUGCAUAUUGAAGCCCGGUUUAUGAGUUGAGGUGGCUUUUGUGUGUUUGCCAUAGGGAUCCAUACUUUGUACCUUAGCCCUAGCCUAUAACCACAAAAUGUGAGCUUUUGUGCAUAGUUUUACGAUACCAAGCUUUAGAUUUCGCAGAGUGUUUCGUUUUUGUUUCCGUUUGACAUACGUUCUGUUUUUCUUUCUGCAUGUAACGAUAUAGUUCAUUUUCACCUUUGGUGACCCUUUUGUAUAAUAUUGUACGUCUUGUCUUAUCUUUUAAGUAUUGCUUAUUUGUCGAGCAAUAUCAUAAAUUCAUCGAAUUUGUUGUAAAAUGACCUGCUGAUGUUUUGACUCGGGUUGUAAGUAUUAAGUAAUAGUAUGAUUAAGUAUA